CCAACCCCGCGAGACGCGUCGCUCGUACAGCGAAGAUGUUCUGUACUGCGCUCCAGAGCUCCUGCCACGGAAACCAGGUGCUGUAAUUGUGCGUGAAGAAAUGAAGGUGAUUCAGGAAGAACGACAGACUCGGUGAGUCUCGGUACUAGAGUCCCCAACUGUGAGAAGAACAGCGGUCAUCAUGAUAGACCUGAGCCACCUGACCGAGGAGGAGCAGGAGAUGAUCAUGACAGUUUUAAAGAGGGAUACGGAGCUGAAGAAAGCGGAGGAGGAACGAAUCAAACAGCUGCAGAAAGCUGUCCCAGAGCAAGAAAAACGCAAAUUUAUGUCAGGAGAAUGGUUCUACCAAGCAAAGUCACAGAGACACCAGGACACGAUUCAUGGCUCUGAAAUCAUCUUGGCAUCGAUGAAGCAAAGAAAACCCUCAGUUGUUGAGUAUUUAACCAAGUCGUGGGGUGGCAGAUCCAGAAGCUUCAGCCGAAAGGAUAGUGAUGGCAUCAUAACAUCACCUAAUGUAACACAAACUACUGAACCCUCAGAUCACCUAAAAGAGAGGGAAAAUGGUGAUACAUUUGCACAAGUCCAGCAAGAAAAACUAAACAUAGGCAUGAGAUCACCAUCCAAGCCAAGGCACAACCCAUUUAACAGUGUUCCAGUAGAGCUUGAUUUUGAGGAAACUGAUAUCGGCUUUACGUCAGGACAUGGACUCAGGAAAUCAUUAGACCGGAACUCUGGUUCACAAGUAAAAAACCAGGAAGCAAGUCAUGGUGAAGUUAACAGUGAUGUCUAUAACACCUCGCACAACAAACCUCCUGGUCAAAAGCCUGUGCCAAAGAAGAGGACCAAAAUCAACAAACAGCAUAGCUCUGUUUCAGACAGCACCAGCUCUGUGUCCAGCCAGGGUGCAUCCACCACAGCAGGCUGUAGUAUCAGGUCUCCACCAGCAAGAAGCAUCCCUAAACAUAGCUCCAAUGAGCCCAAUCUCAAGAGCCAGCUGCCCCAACCUGUAGUAUCCCUAAGCUCUGUACACAAAAACAGCAGUCAAGAAAAGGACCUUGAAGGAUCUAGAUUUUCUCUGGGUAGCACAGAAGAACCAGGUAGCAAAACCGAAAACAAAGAGCAAUUUAGCUCUCCUUCACCACUGAAGUUGCCAAAGUCACGCUUGCCAGUUAGAGCUCCAUCGCAACUGAUAAACCCUCCACAAGGUUUACAAGAAAAGCCAAAAAUAAAACCACGUCUAAGUCUGAACUCUAUCACAAGAGCAGAUGAUGGUAAAAAAGUUGAAGAACUCGUAAAGCAAAGAAGAGAAACAAAUAGUUGCCUUCCUCAGACAUCAAGUUUGGAAUUAGAGGGCCAAAAUAUUGCUGGUGAGAAUGCAAUGUUCACAUUGACUGACAGCUCUGAAAAGCCACUGGAUGAGAUUACUGCCCCUCAAGCUACAAUGCAGAAAUCUGGUACUGUGGAAAAUCAUAUGAGUCUGUAUCCAAAAUCCAAAAUGACAGGAACUGAAGAAAAUAUAAAGAAAACUGCUGUUGAUCAACAAUUUCCCAGAUCCCUCAACAUAACAGAUACAUUCAGCAAGACAGAUGUCUCUACUGACUGCAAGACUGACAGCAGCCCCGUUAUCUUUACUACAAAAAGAAAGACUAAUAGCCCCAAACAAGAUGUCAAAAUGGAAGUCAUGCCAGAUGAACAUAUUCCCACACCUACCGAUGAACAAGGAGAUUCCAUUGCCAAAGUUCUUGAGUGGUUUAGCAGAAGCUCAGACAGCAGUGAUAGGCUUGAUGCAGAGAGCAUUGCCCAAGACAUGGAGGACGACACCAAGAUUGAUGACAUAGACUUUGAUAAUGACAUAGAUCAGAGAACCAAACCAAGAGAUAAUGUGUACUUAAUCAUACCACGCAAAACUGAAGAGGUUCCAUCAGAAGUCAGUACAAUAUUUCUACAACAGACAAACUGGGGAAAUGAACAGAGUGUUGAUGAGCCUUCCCCGAUUUCUUCAAAAGAACAGAGAAGAUAUGAAUCUACUUCUUUUAAGGAGCCUCUCAUUAAGAAACCUUUUAUUGACUUUGCUCAUACUGCAAACAAUGUGCCUCCAGAGAUCUCAGAGGAAAAUAUUUCUGUAGGUGGGAAAGUUAGUCAAAAUGAGAACAGAAUCAAGAGAGAGGAAGAGAGUAAAGUCAAACUUGAAAACAUUGACAUCAAACAGACUCAAAAUCAACCAAAAGAAAUAACAGGUGCUGAAGAAAACCACCAACCAAAGAUUGCCAAUUUAAGAUCAUUCUGGGAGAAAGAAAACAUUGGUCCAAAGAUUUUGAUUGGCAAAUCUAGUGUACCUGCUAAAAAUGAACACUUCAUUCUUAGCGAUAUUAGCAGAAUGCCAACUGAAGGUGUAGAGGAACAGCAGAGAAAUGAGCAGAGCUUGAAAGUAACAUCUCCAGGACAUCAGAAACAAGUGAGAAUUGAAGAAGAUGUAGAUCUUGAGCAUGUUGGAAGUGGUAACACGACCUAUAAACCUCAAGUACCCAUUUUUACAGAUGAAUCAAACCCGCCACUGAUGUAUGCCAAGACUAACCAAAUACAUGCAAGCUCUCCCCUAGAGAAAGAUUUUACACAUUUAAAAUCACCUUCACCAUCCCUUGAAAGUGGAUCCUUGCUAGCAGGUCAAAAUAGUGAUAGCAGAGGCACCAUCAGCAUCAACAGCAGUGAUGCAGAUCACACUCCUCCAAAAGAAUUGGAGGCAAAAUCAAGACCAGCACCAAGGACAAACCAAGCACCUUUUGUUAAGCAGAAUUCCCAGCAAGAGAACAUGGCAGAGAGGAUCAAGCAACUCAAGUCCUUCUGGGAGAAAGAAUCUAGAACAUCAGCAGCUCAAAACAGAUCGACUACUACUGCUCGACUGAACCAAAGAUUUACAAAAUCUGAGUUUGAUCUCAGAACAAUAGGUACUGAGUAUUAUGACUAUGAUGAUGAUGAGGACAGUUCUGCCAGAGGUAGGCUGUCUCCAAAUUUGUCGGUGCAUCCACUACGGAAGGAUAAGCCAGUUGUGAUGGAUGGUAUGAGCACUUCACAGUUUAAGAACCUCCGUGACUUCUGGGGAGGAUCACCUACAAAACCUGGACAAAGGUCACCAGUUUUUGAAAGUGGAAAUCAGAGAUCCUUAAGUCCACAAAGCCAAAAUGAACGAGCCAAUGCCAAAGACUUUGUAAAUGAAAGCCAGAAUAGCAAAACAUCCUCACCAGCCAAAACCAGAGUAUUCCAGUCUCCAUUAAAGAAGAGGAUUAUGUCAAGACAAGAAUCUGGAUCGAAAACUGAAACUCUUCAGCAACAGAAAGGCUCUCAGACCUCUUCAGAAGCCGCAAUGGUACCUAAACCUCAGGUUGGUCAAGAGUCACAACCUAAACAUGGUAGAAGAAAUAGCAAAGGCAGUCUAAACGGAAAAGCAAAUUCCAUGCGGCGUGCCGCCAGCAUGUUUUCUGUGAACACUGCUGUUGAGGAGCAAAGCCAGGACUUAAAUCUCCAGUCCAAGAAGCCCCAGGGUACCAAUCUGCAACAGGUUAAAAAAAACCCAGAAACUAGCAUCACACAGUCCAGAAAAACACAGGAAGCUAGCUAUACCCUGCCAAAAACAUCCCCAGAAAUCCGAGACAGAAACACUCAUAGAAGACCGUCGCGUACCUCAGAAGAUUCUGACUCUCAGCCUCUUGCUAGAUCCUUCAUCCCACGGGACUACCAGCAUUACCUUGGCAUCACAGAGGACAAAACUAUGUACACUCCACCUCCAGUUACAGAGCAGGUUGACGAUUUUAUGUGCACUUCAUUUACGUCAUCUCCAGAGACACACCGCAGCUGUAAGUGUACCCCUGUGAAAACCAGCACUCCAGUACAGGGUUCCCCCGACCUUCAAACCAGGAGAGGGAGCCUGGGAUGCUACUCAACCUCACAAACUGAUGGAAAUGCCACUAAGGGGAAUAUAAACCGUGAAAAUGAAAGUGCUAUUCAGAAAGCUUUGAGACGAGCUUCAACUAGACCAGUGUACCAUAAAAGCAUGGAAGACAUCAGCGCUCCUCCUAGACAAGACCAAAAACAAACGAAUGACUACAUGCAGAGCAACUAUGAUGACUCUAGCACACUUGUCCAGACUUCCUUUGCCACAUCAGACCCAGUGCACCUGAAGCAACUCAGCAAAUCAGUGCCCUCAUUCCUGCAAAAAGAAAGUGACGAAGGAGAGAGUGACUCCGAGAGCAGUUCCCGGAGUGGUGUGCCGCAGUGGAAUAACAGACAAUUCACCGACCUCAGCAACUACUCUGGAUCCACCUCCCUGUCUUCUGUUAGCGGCAGCGUUGUGAGUGUGUACAAUAGCGACUACAGCAGUGUUGACGUCCAAGGAAGCAUCCAGUUUUCAAUAAACUACGUGCACAAGUUGAGGGAGUUCCACAUCUUUGUUGUUCAGUGCCAGAACCUGGCAGCAGUGGACACCAAGAGGAAUCGUUCUGACCCGUAUGUUAAGAGUUACCUCAUUCCUGACCCUGCCAAUUUGGGAAAAAGAAAAACUGCGGUGAAGAAGAAAACACUGAAUCCUACAUACAAUGAGAUUCUUAGGUACAGAGUUCGAAUGGAGUACCUGAUGUCCCAGAUUCUGAACCUUUCAGCAUGGCACAAUGACACAUUCGGUCGUAACAGCUUCCUGGGUGAGAUAGAGCUCGACCUGUCCUCUUGGGAUUUUAAUGACACAGAGUGGAAGCUUUUACCUCUUAAACCGAGGAAUCUCUUCACUCAGACCCCAAACAGCCUCCAGCCGUCUGACUUGAGAGGACAGAUGAGACUGGCCAUACGUUUCUUGCCUCAGAUUUCCCACUCAAAGAAUAUUCCUGGCUCUGGUGAGGUGCAUAUCUGGGUAAAAGACUGCAAGAAUCUCCCUCUCAUCAGAAGUCCAACCAUUGACCCAUAUGUAAAAUGCUUUGUACUUCCUGACACCAGCAAAAAGAGCCGUCAGAAGACUCGGGUGCUGAAGAGAACAGUCAACCCCGUCUUUAACCACACUAUGGUUUAUGAUGGCUUCAGGGCAGAGGACCUGAAAGAGGCUUGUGUGGAGCUUACUGUUUGGGACCGUGACCGACUAGCCAAUCACCUGCUAGGAGGCUUGAGGCUCGGCAUGGGCACAGGAAAGAGUUACGGAGUACAGGUGGACUGGAUGGACUCUACGGCAGAGGAAGUGACUUUAUGGAAGAGAAUGAUGGACUCUCCCAACGAAUGGGUGGAGGGCAUGUUACCACUGAGGAUGAUAACAGCAGCCAAAAACACAUGGAAAUGAGAUUAUAGGGACAUUUAUCAAAUCACAUCUUUCAAAAAAAAUAUUUGUCUAUAUAUAAUAUAGUGCAUUUGUUGAUUUUAAGUAUGAUAGAUAGGCGUUUUGGCCCCCAUUAUACCUUGCAAUUAACAUCUUCUAUUAUAAGUAUAUAGGUUUUCUCUAGCUGGAUUUAUUUAUUGCCUUCGCUUCUGUGUUCAAUAGAAUUGAAAAGAGAUCAGAUCAGACUUAUUCAGCCAAUAACAUAAUAUCUGAGAUCAUUAACCAGUUUCAAAACGCUUUCCAUAAAAGUUAGUUAAUCAAGGUCCGAAAGUGGAUGUUCAGGUGAUUCCUUUCUAAUGUAAUCUAUUUGUGAAAGGUUACACAUUUAUAUAGCAGAUGAGAAUAGCAUGUUUGUUAAAUCAGUGCUGAAGAAGUUUAAGGAUACUAUUUAAGGGCAAAAAGCUAAAAUCCAAAGCCUUGACCAGACGCAAAAAAACGAUUCAAGCAGGAACGGAGGGAAACAGAAUGCAUGUAUUGUAAUAAACUGUGUGGGGGAACAGAUUUGUUGCCAAAAAUGUGCAAAGUGGGUGACUGCUUUAUUUGUCAAGCUCGCCUGUACUAACACCACAUCUCAAAGACAUACUGUACUACAAGCAAAAUAAUGCAGGAUACACCUAAUAAACAUGCCAAAAAAAUGAAUAAACAAUGUUUGUCCACCACUCAAAUUUUUUUUAUCUUG